UUGACAGUUCGUGUGUGACGUCACCGAAUCCGUCCCAACACGGAAACAGAGCGGCGACCUGCUGCGUCGCUGUUAUUAUGGAUUUAAAGCGGUACAGCAGCCGGAGACAUAGUAUACUUCGCUCACUUCGCUCACUUCGCUCACAGCGCGUUAUUCGCCGACGUUCGACGGCCGUGGUAACGUCCGUGAUCGAUGGAGGUCCCGGCUGGAAGUGAGGAGAGGCUUCGACCCGAGUUUUUAUCGAACUAGCGUCAGUUGUGUUUUGUUCUCAGCCAUGAAACGGAGCGUUCGGGGGAUCGUGGGGGCGCUGGGCCGCACACUGCUGGCUCUGGUGUUGUUGUCCUGGGAAGAAAGACUCUGUCAGGUUGGAGGCGUCAGGUCCAUCACCCUCCCUGAGUCGCUCCUGUUUGUCUCGACGCUGGACGGCAGUCUGCACGCCGUCUCCAAACAGUCAGGAGAGAUCAAGUGGACGUUGAGAGAAGACCCCAUCAUCCAAGUGCCGAUCUACCCCACAGAGCCAGGUUUUCUGCCCGACCCCAAUGAUGGCAGUCUGUACGUUCUGGGCGGGAAACACAAGGAAGGCCUGAUGAAACUUCCUUUCACCAUCCCAGAGCUGGUGCAGUCUGCCCCCUGCAGGAGCUCCGAUGGAAUACUCUAUGCAGGUAAAAAGCAGGACGUGUGGUUCGUCGUGGAUCCUGAAACUGGUGAGAAACAAACCAGUCUGACGACAUCUGCAUCUGAGUCCAUCUGUCCAAACACUCCUCUGCUGUAUAUAGGACGCACAGAAUACGUUGUCACCAUUUUCGACACCAAGACUCAGGAGCUGCGCUGGAACGCUACGUACAACGAUUACUCUGCUCCACCGUACGAUGAGAAACAGGACUACAAAAUGGCUCAUCUUGUGUCGAGCGGUGACGGUCUCGUUGUGACGGUGGACAGAGAGACAGGUGACGUCCUGUGGAGUCAGAACUACGGCUCUCCUGUGGUGGGGGUCUACCUGUACUCGGGCGACUCGCUCAGACACGCCCCCCACAUGUCACUGGCCAUGGAGACACUCCGCUUCCUCACCUUUUCCUCUGCCAGUGACCAGACGGACACACAGUCCACGCUGAAGUGGAGCUACCAGUUUGUCAAGGAGCAGGCCAGCGCUCAGGCUCAGCUGGUGCCCACGCUCUACGUUGGGAAAUUGGACUCUCACCUCUACGCCUCCACCUCCUUCGUCCACCACGGAGUCUCCUUAGUUCCUCGGGGUCUGAUCCUGGCCCGGAUCGAGGGUCCCGUGACCGCGGAGGUGACCGUCAGAGAGCGAGGGGAGUGUGAGAUCAUACCGUCCACGGACGUGCGCUAUCCACCGGGGAGCACCAACAGUCGGAAGAACCACUGGCUGCUGAUAGGUCAUCAUGAGCCCCCCCCACUGGCUCACACCACCAUGCUGAGGGACUUCCCAGUCAUCCUGCAGCACUCUGGUGAGGCCGUCAUCCCCCCCCGGCCCCCGGGCUCCGCAGCCUCCACCGUCUCCCCUGCCGCCUACAAACAGAGGCAAUAUUUCCAGACAGUCGCCGGAGGCCACGGUGACGGCGCUGUGUACAGAAGAGAAGGACGGGGAGGAGGAGGAGGAACAGGAGGAGGAGCAGGAGGAGCAGCAGGGCAGAGAGGAGCGUCAGGACCCCAGCCCAGGGCGGCCCCUGUGCUGCCCGUCUACAUGACUCAGGAUAAUCUGACCCUGGUCGUCCUGACGCUGCUGGUCGGAGGAUGGCUGGCCUUCAUGUGCACGUACCCAGUGCGUGCCAAACAGCUGAAGGCCCAGAAGCAGCUGGAGGAGGUCUUCGAGACUCACUUCCAGAGAAUGCAGUCCAGUCUACAGACCAACGUCCAGACCUCAGCCUCCACAGACACCAACCUCUCCACUGACACCAACCUCUCCAGUGACUCUGUUUUUGAGGACCCCUCACCCACCCCCCCCACUCACAGCAGCAGCAGCAGCGCAGAUGUUCUCAGGAACGGCACAGCUGCUCCCAAACCCGCUGCAGGAGCCGGCGAGGAGGUGCAGGUGGGUAAGAUCUCCUUCACUCCCUCUGACGUCCUGGGACACGGAACAGCAGGAACCUUUGUCUUCAGGGGGAAAUUCGACGGACGCCACGUGGCCGUGAAGAGAAUCCUGCCCGAGUGUUUCGAGGUGGCGGAGCGAGAGGUGCAGCUCCUGCGAGAGUCCGACACUCACCCCAACGUCAUCCGAUACUUCUGCACGGAGCGAGAUCGCCUCUUCACUUACAUCGCCAUCGAACUGUGCACGGCCACCCUGCAGCAGUACGUGGAGGGUCCGUCCAGCUUCCCCGGCCUGAGUCCCAUCACUCUGCUGGAACAGACCAUGUGUGGCCUCUCACACCUUCACUCCCUCAACAUAGUCCAUCGUGACCUGAAACCCAGAAACAUCCUCCUCUCGGGGCCCAGUGCUCUGGGUCAGGUCCGGGCGCUCAUCUCCGACUUUGGACUCUGCAAGAAAAUUGCGGACGGUCGGUGCAGCUUCUCCCUGAGGUCAGGAAUACCAGGAACUGAAGGCUGGAUCGCCCCAGAAGUACUGAGGGAAACGCCAGGAAAUAAACCAACUGCAGCCGUAGAUGUUUUCUCAGCUGGCUGUGUGUUUUACUACGUAGUCAGUAGGGGGCAGCACCCCUUUGGGGAUGCACUCAGGCGACAGGUCAACAUCCUGUCAGGAGAAUACUGGCUCUCACAUUUUAAGGAUGAUUUAAACGACGACUUCAUAGCCAGAGAUCUGAUCGAACAGAUGAUCGGGGCUGAGCCCGAGUCUCGACCCUCCACAGCCUGUGUCCUGAAGCAUCCGUUCUUCUGGAGUCCAGAGAAGCAGCUGCUGUUUUUCCAGGACGUGAGCGAUCGCAUAGAGAAGGAACCAGCCGACAGUCCUAUUGUGGUCAGACUGGAGACUGCAGGGAGAGCUGUGGUCAGAACCAACUGGAGGAUGCACAUCUCUGUGCCCCUACAAACAGAUCUGCGUCGUUUCAGGACGUACAAAGGAAACUCGGUCCGAGACCUGCUGAGAGCCAUGAGGAAUAAGAAACACCACUACCAUGAGUUGCCACCGGAGGUGCAGGAGACACUGGGCGAGCUGCCCGACGGCUUCAUCGUCUACUUCACCUCACGCUUUCCGCGGUUGUUGAUGCACACACACGCUGCCCUGCACAUCUGUGCCCACGAGAGACUGUUCCACCCCUACUACCUGCCCCCCAGCUCCAAAUAACUGUCACGUGACUCACGGUCAGGAAAUCCCUAACAGUGGAUAUUGCUUUUGUAAAGCCCAGAUACUGUUUGGAAGGUAAAAUGUUGUUUUGUAAAGUAGUGAAAAAAAAAGUAUUUUAUUGAAGUUACUUAAACUGUGCAAAAACAGCCAAAGACAGUAAUGUUAAAAUUGACCAGUACCAGGAACACACUCUGACUUCUGCUGAUUUUAGAGCUGUCAUCGUACUGUUUCUCACAGACACGACUGUGAUGUUUUCCUCUUCUGUUCAUCACUGCACUGCUACGAGGUAACGGUCAAAUAUUACUGGUGUUACAUCUAAAGUUACAGAUAUAUUUCUUUUUUAUCUUUAAACUUGGCUGUUCACUCCGCCUCAUGGAAAACUACUGUAAUGUCAGGCUCUAAUCACUGGAUGAAGGUUUGUGUGUCGUUCUGCAGUGGACUCAUUUUGUAAGUUUUGUGACUGUGUGAAUAAAACUGUUGCUAUGGGAGUGCCAAAGAA